AUUGCCUACUUUGACUGCAUUGCCACAAUCGAUGAUGUUAAGCUUGGCACUGAGUGGUAUUUCAUUGCUUGCAAGGAUUGUCAAACAAAGUUAAACCAGGGACCUACAACUUUCAUAUGUCCAAAAUGCAGAAAUGAAAAUGCUACUGCAAUAGCCAUCUUCCGGGUGGAAUUAUCCGUCUAUGAUAAUGAGGAGCAGUCCAUGUUCAUCAUUCUUGGAGAUGCUGGAAAAGAGCUGACAGGCAGAAGAGAAACAGAGUUAAUCGAUAAAUAUGCUGAG